GCUUCCAGUCUAUCAACCAUAAACAGGAUGUAAUAACUAAAUUUCAAAUUAGAAUAAGGUUUUAGUCAAACAAAGAUAACACCUUGGCCUCAUUUAUGUUUCCACUCCAGACUCAUGAACGCAGAAGGCCCCACAAACCACAUCCCGUGGAAACCAGACCAAACAGUGCCAUGACUGACAUCAGGACCUGAAGCCGUGAUCGACUGCUCCCUGCCUUGGCCCCAACCAAUCAGUAGAGUCCCCAGCCCCAACUCCCAUAGUAAUCAUGAUUAAUGAUUUUUCCCUUAUGUAACCGAGCCACUAGAGGCCACCAAGGAGCCAAGUUUUUGAGAGCACAGGUUCUUCUGUGUCUCUGUGCUUGGCACAAACUUUUUAAAUAGACCUUUACUUUCUUUGCUGCAAUUUCCUGUUCAUAUCUUUUUGGCUUGGAUGCCCACAGGCAAGCUGACCCUUUGAGUCUAAGUGGAGCCUGAUUCCAGCAAAGUGCUCUUCUUGCCUGCCCUGGUGUAAACCACCAGCAAAUGACCAGAGAGCCUGGAGUCCUCUUCCAGAAGCAAAUCUUAAGAGGGAAAGACCAAAUAUUUAUUAAACACUUAUUGAUGCAACAACAAUUUUAUGGACCAUAACUGUGUAUCUGCCCCUAUGUAGAGUGAAGAAAAAGAGGAUUAUUGGGAGAGUAAGAAGUUUGGCUGUAAGCACUUAGCCGAGCCCCGCUUGAAGAGUCCCUUUGGUGACAUUGGUGCCUCUCCAGUACAGGGCACAGUGCAUAAUCCAGUACUGCUGAAGGAACAUUUCUACGUGGAUAAAUGGCAGGCAAAAAGCGAGAAAUCCAGUUACAGGCAGUCAUCAAUAACCAAAGCCUGUGGGAUGAGAUGUUGCAGAACAAAGGCCUAACAGUGAUUGAUGUUUAUCAAGCCUGGUGUGGUCCAUGCAAAGCCAUGCAAACUUUAUUCAGAAAAUUGAAAAAUGAGCUGAACGAAGAUGAAAUUCUGCAUUUUGUUGUAGCAGAAGCCGACAGCAUUGUGACUUUGCAGUCAUUUAGAGACAAAUGUGAACCAAUUUUUCUCUUUAGUGUUAAUGGCAAAAUUAUUGCAAAGAUUAAUGGUGCAAAUGCACCACUUGUUAGUAAAAAAAUUAUUAAGUUGAUCAAUGAGGAGAGGAAAAUUGCAGCAGGUGAACUGGUUCGUCCUCAGUAUCCUGAAAUUGCAUUUGUAGAUACAGAAGAUGUUGUGGAAGCAUCCCACAAAAAUAAUGACAAACUAUACAAUAUGGUUAUUAUCAAACCCGAGGCUGUGCUUACUGGAAAAAGUAUAGAAAUUAAAGAAAAACCUGACUUUGAAGAUUUUGUUUCUUUAAUGACAAGUGGCCAAAGCUAUAUUCUAAUUACAUCUCAAAGAGAUGAACAAGAGCCUUCCUGGGAAGGAACUGUACCUAAUCCUGAGACCGAAUCGAAAGAACUAUCUGAGGAUCAACAUGAGAUGGCCACAUCUACAGUGACGAAGAAGCAGGACAGUUUACAAGAAUAUAUGGAAAGACAACAUCUAUCUGAGUUUUGUGAUAUUGAAGAGAAUAAAGCUAAUGUUAAUAAGUUUAUUGAUAUCUUCUUCCCUGAUUUUAAAAGUAUGAAAAACAUAAAAUUAGGAAGGAUAAUGGCAUUACUUCGACCAGAUCUCUUUCAAAAAAGAAAAGAGGAUGUUUUGAAUAUUAUUCAAGAUGAAGGCUUUAAAAUACUGAUGCAAAGACAAAUAGUAUUAUCAAAAGAGGAAGCUCAAACACUAUGCAAAGAACAUAAAAAUGAAGAUUAUUAUGAAAAUCUUAUAGAAAACAUGACCAGUGGUCCAUCUCUAGCCCUUGUUUUAUUAAGAGAUAAUGGUUUACAACACUGGAAAGCGUUAAUUGGACCAAGUACUGUUGAAGAAGCUAAAGAAUGUUUUCCAGAGAGUUUAUGUGUACAAUUUGCAAUGGAAAGUUUACCUAUCAACCAGUUGUAUGGAAGUGUUUCGUUAGAAGCUGCUGAAAAGGAAAUAGAGUAUUUCUUUCCGCCUCAAAAUGUUUUAGGACUGAUUAAACCUCAUGUAACACAUGAACAAAGAGAGGAGAUCUUGAACCUUAUUAAAGAGAAUGGAUUUGAAAUAACACAGAUGAAAGAAUUGCUGCUAAAUGAAGAGCAAGCAGAAGCGAUCUAUUUUAAAAUAAAACAAAAACACUUUUACAAAGAUAUAUUGGAACAGUUAUCUGAGGCUCCAUCUUUGGUCAUGGUUCUGACGAAGUGGAAUGCUAUUUCAGACUGGAGACGAUUGAUGGGUCCCACAGAUCCAAAUGAAGCAAAACUAUUGUCCCCAGACUCUAUCCGAGCCAGAUUUGGACAAAGUGUUUUGAGAAAUGCUGUCCAUGGAUCAUCUAAUCUCUAUGAGGCAACAGAGACCAUUAAUAGAAUGUUUCCUCCUGAGAAUCCUGAGGAAAUCUAAAGGACAGUACCUUUUUAAUUAUUUCCUUUUCUUUAGUUGUUACAGUGACUGGGUUUAGGACAAGUUUGUUCUGAAAAGACCAGAACUUUAUCCAUAUUCCUGAAUUAAACUUUAUUUCCUGGCAAACACACUGUACUGUUCCAUAGCAGCCUUGAAACGUCAAAGACAAGCCUUGCAGAUACCAGAGACCUGGGAGACAGUGAGACAAGUCUGAUACCCUCGGGUUUGCAAGCAUUGGUCUCACGCCGUGUGUGCCAUCUGCCAUGACAGUCUCAUGCAGUCCCUCUCCUUGACUCUCCUCCAUUUCUCCACUUUGAAUUGCCGAGGUGUCUUUCAGCAGCCUUAACUAUAUUCACUAAGUAUUUGGAAACUUGGAACCUACUAACUACUGUGGGUUACAUAUUAUAAUAUAAUACGAUAUUAUCGUGUUGCCCCA